GAACUCCGGCCACCGGCGACCUCCGCAACCCCACCCCCACCCCCACACCACCAGUUCGCCGCGCUGCCGCGUAGAGCACGCUCACCUCCCAGUGCUCCCACCGCCGCGUGGAGCGCAGCUCCAGGCUCAAAUCCCAGAAUUUUGCGGUUUGCAUUAUCUGCAGGUAGGCAUAAAGCUUAAUGUCUCUGUCAAAUGGCGAAACCAGUGCUCCGGUCUCUCCUCAGCGUAUCUUCACUUCUCCACCGUUCGAUCUCUUUCAGAUCGGGGUUCAAGUCAUGUGAGUGGAAUGUGAGUGUGACUCGAAAAUCAAUGUAAAUCGGAGCUCAUAUAAAACGGAGCGAUUUCGUUUUGCUAGCGGUAAAAUUGAACGAACACUAUGAAUCCGAUGGGGAUGCCUCCAUUUAACCAGGCCCUACCGCCGUGGGGCCCGCCACCGCCGCCGCAGCUGCCGCAUAUGCCCCCUCCAUCUGCUUCGUUCUGGACUUCGGCAAACGUGAGCAGCCGCCUCAAAGAACUUCACGACACUUUAAACCUCGCCAAAGCCAUGCAGAAAGAGUUGGAGAUGUUGAUUCGGAUGAAAGAAGGGGAUGGGAGUAGUGAAGGUGAAGAUUUUGGGCGUGGCAACGUGUCGAUUAGUAGGUUUUCUAGGUUCAUGAAGGACAACGGUAUUGGAGUUGAAUUUCAAGAAACGAUGUCGUUGAGUACUGCAAAUGCUGUGAUGUCGAAGCUCAGAUUUCUUCUGGAGCCAUUCAGGGUUGUUGCGGAUGAGAACAGUCCUUGGGAGGAGAAGUCUGCUGUGAAAAGGUUGGCUGAUAAAAUGGAGAAGUAUAAAAGAAAUAAACUAUGGCGGAAAAGGAAAAGGAGGCGCGUGGCGGAGAACUUAGCUAAGGAGCAUGAGCAAUUUGAUAAAAUAGAUAAGGAAGCGGAUGAAUGGAGGAAAAUGGAGAUAGCCAAAGACAUUGCUCAACAGAAGGUAGAAAAAAUGAAGGAGAUAGCCAAGCUUAAGGCAAAAGAGGAGAAGAAAAGACUGGAAUCCGAGCUUGAGCUGGUGUUGAUUGUCGAAAAGCUGCAGGAACUACGUUCUCUCAGAAUACAAAAAAUGAAAAAACAAGGCCAUUUUCUUCCAGAAGAGGAUGACAAAUUUCUUGAACGAGUUAGAGCUGCAGUUGAGGAGGAAGAGCGACUAUCAAUGGCUGCUGUGGAUACAGAUGCUGCUAAAGAUGCUAUUGCUACUAUUAAGGAAUCAAGAAAACACAUCAAGAGUCAUACACCAGAUGCAAAACAACCAGACGUCAAUGAUAGUGGAGAUACAGAAACCCAAAACCAGAAACCUGAUACAGACAGCGACAGGAUUUCAAAGAACACCUCCCAUGAUGAAUCUAGAAAACCUAAUGCCGCUGGACCUGGUUUUGGCAGUGCCUACGAUUCCGUUGCUAAUUUACCCAUGGAAUUUUACCAUUAUUAUCAUGGUAGUAACACCGAUAUGGGCACACUCAUCGAGGUGAGAAGAACAUGGGAUGCAUACAUAAGACCUGGAGGAAGCCGCACACCAGGGCACUGGGUUCAACCGCCACCUCCAGCAGAUGAGAUAUGGGCAUCCUACUUGGUAAAACCUAAAUGAUCUUAACCUCGGAUGGGAAGCUGGCUUUGCCGAAUAAGCUCCCUUGCUGGCAUGUCUAGCCACUGGACGUCCUUCUUGGCUCUGAGAAGUCGAGAACUGAAAAUGACGCGAGGCUAGGAGGUCUUCAUCUUGAUGGAAUAGAUUAUAGAACAAGAAGAAUGCUAAUGAUCUCAGGAGACAUCGUGUUCCCAAUUCUCUCUCUCUCUCUCUCAGCAUUCAACUUCAAUUUAGAAAAAGGCCAAUGGAGUUGAAAAGCCUAGUUGCUGUGCAUGGUUCUGCUCAAUUUUUUGUGCAAUAUUAGAAGGAGAAUUGGAAGCCGCCGCAGAGAUAAUUUUGAAGGAGUUUAUGAGUUCUGAAAACAUCUUUUAAAUCCUCUCGAUCUUGCGAUUAAUUCGUUCCCUGCUGUACUAUAAAAACUUUUUUGCUCAAUUUUAUGUAAAUUGAUAUCAAGUUUUGCUCAAAA